GUGAAGAAGUGCGCGCUUUUCUGCAGUUGUUCGUUACGUUUGGAAUUUUUCAAUGCUAUUGGACGACUGCUUGACCGGCCGGCUACGAAUUGGAAACAAAAAGUAAUGAGAUGAAUGUGUGAAGCAAAGAAACGAAAAAGUACGAGCCCGCCUAAUUUUUAAAAGCAAAUGAAACGGUACGCGAAACUCGCGUGUACAUUUUGUGCUUGUGUGUAUGUGCUCCCCGUUUACUUCGAGGUAGUUCUCUAUUGCAAUACGAAAAUUUUAGUCUAGGCGCACUUAAAAAGUCUCAAAAUCUUGAGUAAAAAUCGGGUUAAAGAUUCAAAGUAAUCGAAUCAAGAACAUAUACAUACGUAUGUAUGUAUGUACUUACGAAAUGGUAUAAAAGGGAAGAAGACUAGGAAUGGACAGACGGCGAUCAAAUCAAUAUACAUAAAGGAAAGUAAAGAAAAUCGAAUUGGACUAUCUCAAAUAAAGCAAUGUUCGAAAAGUGUACGAAAGGGAAUGUUAUUACAUAUUUGCAGUGAAACAAACUUGUGUUUGAAUUGUUUUUGCGGGUGUGUAAAGGUUGUGUAUUUGUAUUUUUUUUUGUUGAACUCUUCCGCCAACAUAUAUAUACGGCACAAUACUUGCACGUGAAUAAUGAAUGCGAAAAAUUGUGCAAAGUAGAUUGUUACGAGUACUGCAAGUAAUUUGAGAAGGAUAUUUUGCUAGCAUCGCUGGGUGAUACGAGAAUUUUUGAAAUGUUCGAGCUGGAAGAUUAUUCGAGUGGUUACCACGAUGCUAUUCUCAACAAAUACGCGGAUACGUCGCGGCCUACAUUGGACCUAUACACAUCAGACUCGUUGCAAGAUAUGCUCGAUAUUGAUAUACGAAGCGAGAUCUCCAAUGUAGUUGGCGGUAGCAAUGAACUUGCUUCUAUGGUCAACGAUUUGCCGUCCUCUUAUGAUCACGCCAUUGACGCAAUUUCAUCCUUACACAGUAGUCAUGUUCUUAAUGGCGGUCUGAGUACAGGCUUUUCCUCUUGGCUAGGGAAUAGCUCAGGGCCAUCAUGGUCGUCGUCGAACGACUACUACGUUGAUGUAGGCGCUUGUGUGGAUCCCAUUUCAGUAAUGCCACUGAUAUCUUCGUCGUUGCUGCAUAGGUCGCCAAAAAUAAAUUUAAAUGCGAAUAGUUUACAAGGCUCUGUGUAUUCGCCUCCGCCCGCCUCGCCUAAUGUGAACGAAACUAAAUCUCAUUUAACAUUCUCUCCUGCCCAGUUAAAAGUUAGCGCCGGAGCGAUGCGCAACGAGCAGCUUUAUUCACACAUACCAAAGCAGAUAGUGGCGAUUUCCUCGACGGUGACAGCGGCCACUACAGCGCCGGCCACACUGGCGACGAACUCAGCACUGCAGCGUAAGAACUUAUUAACUGCGGUGGAGACAAUCAAAAAAGAUUUGGCUACAGAAAUGCGCAAAGUUACUGCAACUACUGAUGAAAUUAAAGUCAGUAGUACAAGUAAUAAUGCGAGGGGAACUGUUAGCAUUACCUCUAAUGGAAGUGCCCCUACUAGCAAUGUUAGUAAAGCGAAAAAUAAUAUCGGCAGUGGUUUGCUCAAUGCAAAUGGCAUGCUGAAUAGCACCACAACGAACACCAUCAAACUGGCGCCCGGUAUUGGUGGGCUAACAUUUGCCAACAGUAUCGCCUAUAAUAAGCUGAAACAACAAUCUGCUGCAAAAUCUGCGCAUAACAGCCAAACUGCUACUACAAAUGGCACAAUUAUACUUAAGAGGGAACGUGACUCCAGUCCGUUGCAAAGUAUAAGUGUUGUGAAUGCAAACGGUAGCCUAGUUGCAGGCGCUCAGCAUGUUACAAAAUUAGUAAACCGAAGUGCGCAAAGUUCUAGUUUCACACCAAAGAGCAUAGCAUCGGUGCAUUCACCGCUUAUGCAGAAUGGCAGCAACGCAAUAGGUUCACCGUCAUCUUCCUCAUCCUCGUCGCACUCCUCACCAUCGACUAGUUCGACUAAUGGUAGUUUCAGUGCUGGCCUCAUACCAAUCAGUAUCAACAAUGGGUCCGCUAUUUCAUCACCAUCCUCUGCCAGCACCACUACUAUCACAACAAUUUCCGUUAAGCCUCUGCAACAACGAAUUAAAAUUGCACCUAUAGAAUCUGAGUUCCCGAAACCAGCAUAUUCGUAUUCAUGCCUAAUAGCAAUGGCAUUAAAGAACUCGCGCAGUGGGUCACUGCCUGUAUCUGAAAUAUAUAGCUUUAUGUGCGAGCAUUUCCCGUACUUCCAGACAGCGCCGAGUGGCUGGAAGAAUAGUGUACGUCAUAAUCUCUCGCUUAACAAGUGCUUUGAGAAGAUUGAAAAACCCGCGACAAACGGAAACCAACGUAAAGGCUGUCUCUGGGCCAUGAAUCCAGAACGCAUUGUAAAAAUGGAAGAAGAGGUGCAAAAAUGGUCGCGUAAAGAUCCGAUGGGUAUUCGAAAUGCUAUGGUACAUCCAGAACAUCUGGAUGCAUUAGAGCGAGGCGAAAUGAAACAUGGUAGCUCAGGUGACUCCGAUAUCGAAUUAGAUAGCCAAUCAGAAAUUGAGGAGACGUCCGAUUUGGAAGAGCAAGAGUUAGACGACACCAUUGUCGAUAAUAUGUUUGUUGAGGAGGACAUUGAAGAGGACGAAAUGCUUAGUAGUGGUAUUGUUAUGAGUAGUUCAGAUGCUAUCAGUGAGGCGGGAGAUGUGAAUGGCUGUGGUGCUGGCGACGAUGGUGGCGUGGAACAACACCGCGAUUUUGAUAUAGAGGUUGAGGACAUUUAUGAUGCAAUCGAUAUUGAAGACGAUCCAAAUCAUUUAUCAGUAAAUCAACCCGAUAUAAUUGAACUAAGUCCUGCCGAUUUGAAUGCAGCUGUUCAAUCGCCGAAGCGCGCCCGCCUCAACAUAAACUAUUCGAUUGGACCUAUUGGAGAGUUGGAUAAACAAAUCCAACAGCAAAGGCCACAACAACCACAAAAGCAAAUCCACCAACAACAAAUUCAGCAUAGUAUAAAACAAUAUAAAGUGCAACCGCAGCAUAUAGUUGUACAAACAAUAACGAAUGGCAGCAACACAACCUCAAUCCAGGCGAUCAAUGCAGCGACAGGAACCACAAUCGGCACUGUAAGUGGGUCUUUCUCCACAGUGGGCUUAUCGCAUAUCAAUGGCACAAUGCCAAACAAUCGUCGCAAAAUACAAUUAGUUAAUCGUAUUGUUUAAAUUUUCAAGAAACAAACAAAAUCAAACAGAAAGCCAUUCGGCCAUUUGUUCCUAAAGAACAGAUGAUAGGUAGGAAGAAAAAAUGCUGUUCCCUUUAAAAUAAUGUACAGCAUGUGUGUGUUUACAUAAAUAGGUAAACAAUAUUUAACACAUUGUAUACGAUGUUAUUUGAAAAGUGUAACAAAAAACAUUAGCGAAGUUAUCUUCAAGGAUCAAAUAAUGUAUCAAAUCAAAUUCAAUCAUUUGUACGUGUUUUACGCUUGCACUAUAUUUUAACAAUCAGUUAAGCGUAAGCAUCUUAAUUAACUCCACUUUACAAAUGAUUUAGAAAUCUAGUUAUUUAAUAUUAUCUGAUUCGUUUUUAAAGUAAAUUUGUUUCAUUGACAAUAAUUACAAAAAAAAACAUUAAAAAUUAAAUUAAAUCAAAUGAGAAUUAGUAAAAGAUGUUAUGUGUUAAACACAUUUUUUUUUGGUAAAUUAAUGGGCUAAAGUAAUAACUUCAUCACUUUUUGAAAUUUAGAGAUAGGUGAAAUGAUAGUAAAUUGUAACUAGAUUCAGAUUUGAAUGCGUUUUCUUUUUUCACCUAAAAAGUACGUCUCAUCUAACAUAGUUGUUUAAAUAUUUAGUAUUUGAACAAUUAAUUUUUGAUGAUUCCUUGUUAUCAUAUAUCCUCCACAAAAACGGAAAGCUCUCAACUUUCGGGAAUUUAAAAACCAUUUUUGCUUUGAAAACGAAUUCUCUAAUAUUGCUAACAGUAUGAAAAUUUUAACACGAACCGUUUGAUGUGUACAAAUACGCUUAAAAUGUGGCGUUCACAAUAAAUUUCUUACAAUAACUUUAUAUUGUGUGUAUAUGUUCAUAUUGAAUUCACAUUUUUAAGUUGCAAAGAAUUAUGAGUAAAAUAUCGCACCAGUUCUCGAAAAGUAUAUUGUAUUAACUGAAAGUCUCCGAGUCGUAAUAUAAGGUCAUACAUACAUACGUAGCUAUUAAUUUGCAGCCAAUUAUAUUAAAAUAUCACUUAUGCUUUUGCUGGAAAACAGUUAUGAAUAAUAUCAAUAAGAUGGAUUUAUUGUUAAUACAUUUUUGAUGGUCGUGCGCGAUAUGUCUGUCUGUAUAAAUUUAUAUUCGUAAUAUGUAAUAGUAAAUUAUGCUUAUUGCCGAUAUAUUUCACAUCAUUUCAUUUUUGUUUGUCCGAGCUCUGAUCACAUAUAUAUGGGAGCAUUUAUAAAAUGUCUACAAUCUUCAGUCAUCCGUUUCCGGGAAACAAUAGAACUGAUAUAAAAAAGAAAAAAACUUUAUUUGAUUCUUAAUUAAUCAUUCAUGUAUUUACAAAGCAAUAAAAAACGUAUUUUCCAUUUUUGUUUAUGGCUAUAGUUUUUCGCAAACCAGAAACACUUUUCACUAUUUGAACAAAAAAAAAA